AUGGGAGGAAGUGCAUUCUCUAAAUCAUCUUCGUCCAGGAGUUAUUCGGCUCCAUCGCCGCCGAGUCCAGAGUUUUCUUACUCUGCCUCGCCUUCGUCUUCGUCUUCAUCGUCCUGGAGUUAUUCGGUUCCAUCGCCUGCCGUUGGUGUUAGAGUUGGUGCUGGAUUUGAUGCAUUUGAUGAUGCGUGGUUUGUAGUAUUCGUUCUGAUCGUGAUCGGGGGGCGGAGCUGCAUUGGCGUUAGGGGUCCUGGAUCCGCCACUGAUUGUGAUGAGGGUAGUGUUCUUACUGCUGCUGGAAAAACCACCGUACUCAAGCUUCAGGUUGGUUUGUUAGGGACGGGUCGCUCACUUCAAAGGGAUCUCAAUAGGAUUGCAGAAGUUGCAGAUACAUCAUCUCCAGAAGGUUUGAAUUACAUAUUGACAGAGACCUCAUUAGCUUUGCUUCGGCAUCCGGAUUACUGUAUCUCGGUGUACUCUUCUGUGGACAUAAAGCGGGGUAUAGAAGAAGGGGAGGAAUGUUUUAACCAACUUUCAAUUGAAGAGCGAGGAAAAUUUGAUGAUGAGACGCUGGUCAACGUUGACAACAUAAAGAGGCAAAGCACGAGAAGCCAGAUAUCUAAUGGGUGCAGCAAUGAAUACAUAGUGAUAACAAUCUUGGCCGCUGCUGAAGGAGAACAUAAACUUCCUAGCAUCAAUGGAAGUGGAAACUUGAAGGAAGCUUUACAAAAACUUGGAUCCAUUCCUUCGAGCAAAUUAUUAGCAGUUGAGGUUUUAUGGACCCCACAAGAUGAAAAUGAUACUCUCUCAGAACGGGAGUUACUUGAAGAUUACCCACUUUUGCAGCCUUUGUAAAUUGUAAUGGCAUGCUUGUUUUCUGCUUCCGUGCUUGUUUUUAUGUCAUCUAAGUUAGUUCAACCA